GGCCUGCUGUCUAUAUCCUUGGAUGCUGUAUUUGAGUCAGGUUGGAAUUUCAUACCUUAUUUCUACAAAAAGUCUGUUUCGUCAGUCUUGAGACCUCUGUUUGAAUGUUAAUGCUGGUCAUUUGUGCCUGAACUUCAAUGGAGGAGGGAAUAAUGAGCCCGACUUAAAUCUCUGCAAUGGCUAACGAAGCUUAUCCUUGUCCGUGUGACAUUGGCCACAGACUUGAGUAUGGAGGGCUAGGCCAUGAAGUUCAAGUCGAGCACAUCAAGGCUUAUGUCACCAAAUCCCCCGUUGAUGCAGGCAAAGCUGUGAUUGUCAUUCAAGAUAUAUUUGGCUGGCAGUUGCCCAAUACCAGAUAUAUAGCUGACAUGAUCUCAGGAAAUGGAUACACAACCAUUGUUCCAGACUUCUUUGUAGGGCAAGAGCCUUGGGACCCCUCUGGCGACUGGUCUAUCUUCCCUGAGUGGCUGAAAACAAGAAAUGCCCAGAAGAUCGACAGAGAGAUCAGUGCUAUCUUGAAGUAUCUGAAACAACAGUGUCAUGCCCAGAAAAUUGGCAUCGUGGGAUUCUGCUGGGGUGGAACUGCUGUCCAUCAUUUGAUGAUGAAAUACUCAGAAUUCAGGGCAGGGGUGUCCGUCUAUGGCAUCGUCAAAGAUUCUGAAGACAUUUACAAUUUAAAGAACCCCACCUUGUUCAUUUUUGCUGAAAAUGAUGUUGUGAUUCCACUCAAGGACGUAUCUUUGCUGACUCAGAAGUUGAAAGAACACUGCAAAGUUGAAUAUCAAAUUAAAACAUUUUCUGGGCAGACUCAUGGGUUCGUGCAUCGGAAGAGAGAAGAUUGCUCACCUGCAGACAAGCCCUACAUUGACGAGGCCAGAAGGAAUUUAAUUGAGUGGCUGAACAAGUACAUGUAGCAAGAAUCAAGGGCAAGCCUUCCUAGAAUAGCUUUCAUCCCAAAAUUUGCUUGGAAAUAGUUAGAUCAUUUGAUUUAAUUUUCACUUUUAUAAAAUAAGUGUAGGAAUCCUAAAAUUGAUUAUUUCAUUUGAAACACAAAUUCAGUAGGACGUAAUGCAUGAAAUAAUUUAAUUUUUGACAUGUACAUCGAAUCAUAAUUUAAAAACAAGGUCUGACCAGGUGUAGUGCCUCAUGCCUGUAAUUCCAGCACUUUGGGAGGCCAAAGUGGGUGGAUCACCUGAGGUCAGGAGUUUGAGACCAGCCUGGCCAACAUGGUGAGACCCCAUCUCUACAAAAAAUACAAAAAUUAGCCUGGUGUGGUGGUGCACGCCUGUAGUCCCCACUACUUGGGAGGCUGAGGCACAAGAAUCAAUAGAACCCAGGAGGUGGAGACUGCAGUGAGCCAAGAUUGUGCCACUACUGUACUCCAGCCUGGGCAACAGAGUGAGACCCUGUCUCAAAAAUAAAUAAGUAAAUAAAUAAAUAAAUAAAAUAAAAACCAGGUCAGUACCUGGAGAAUUUGAAUGAUAGAGAAUGAUAGAGUAAUACCCUAAUUAUUAGUUAAAACCUACAGGCCGGGUGCGGUGGCUCACGCCUGUAAUCCCAGCACUUUGGGAGGCCAAGGUGGGUGGAUCAUUUGAGGUCAGGAGUUCAAGACCAGCCUGGCCAACAUGGUGAAACCCCAUCUCUACUAAAAAUAUAAAAAUCAGCCGGGCAUGGUGGCAUGUGCCUGUAAUCCCAGCUACUCAGGAGUCUGAGGAGGAGAAUCACUUGAACCCGGAGGCAGAGGUUGCAGUGAGUCGAGAUUGCGCUACUGCACUCCAGCCUGGGCAACAGAGGGAGACUCUGUCUCAAAAAAAAAAACCUACAGCUGUUCAAGGACCAGCUGACAGGUCAAGUGUGGCCUUUUCUGGUCUUUGAACACAUCAUAGAAAGUGACAAAUGCUGCAAAGCCAUGAAGAACAUGAACUAUAAACGGGUAGACUAACUGCCCAGCUUAGACACUUAUCUAUGCCACAAAACAGCUGAAUUUGUCACAUUUAUAUAUUGCAAUAUGGGAAGUAUUGAGAUCAAAACAGGAUUCCAUUGACCUAAUUAUAUUAAGCUAAUAAACUAAUUUUUUGAAUUUU